AUGAUUUGUUUUGUAGAUCUUCCAAAUCUAACAUCAAUAACUUCCGAACGAUUUAGUUUCUAUAAUCCUCAUGUAGUGACAUUGGAAAGUAUUUCUGAAUAUUGA